AUGUCUGACGGCGACGAAAACUUACAUCGUUUGGAGGGAACAUCGAGCAAUGUUGUUGGUGGCCUGAUCAUCAAGAAAAAGGAGGAUCCUGAAGAAUUUCAGUUCGCCAAGCCUUCCUUACUUGGUCUAGAUAAGCUAGCAGCAGCUAAACGGAAGCAGAACCGUUUAAUAUCAUUCCAGGACGAUCAGGAAGAGAGUGAUCAAGCAAGUGACUCCACAGGUGCGAAAGAACGUAAAUAUCGAAAGCACAAUGAAGAAACCCCUACAUAUACUGGUGGUAUAUCAGAAGAAGCUAGGGAGCGCAUGUUGGAAAGAUUACAGAAAAAAGAAAAAGAUUUAAAAGAGAAAGGAGUUCACAACUCAACAUUAGAAGAAAGGAAAACUCGUUCAAAAGAAGAUGAGGAUGAUAAAUUCUUUCGCCGUUAUGACAGAAGAGACCGGGAUAGGGACAGAAGAUAUGAUGAUAACAGGAGAGAUAGAGAUAGUUAUAGGAGAGAUACAAGAAGGGAUGAGAGAGAUAGAAGAGAUGACAGAGACAGGCGUGAUAAUAGGGAGAGGAGAGAUGAUAGAGAUAGGAGAAAUGACAGAGACAGGAGUGACCGAGAUAGCUCUAGAAGAAGCUAUUAUGAACCCAGAUUUAAGGAUGAGCCUAGGACUCCAAAUAUGAAAGUCUUAAAACCUACAGACAAAACAGCCUGGGAUGACGAAGAUGACGACCCUAAAGGCACAGUACGUAAAUCAAGUUGGGACUUCCCCACACCCCUGCCAAGAGACGCUGGCACAUCAGAACGCUCUUGGAGAAGCGAGAGAGGAAAACCGUUGCGUGACAAUAAGGGGAGAUUGUAUGAAGAAACUCCUCGAGCCUCUCCUCAUAAAUUUGCCAGUUCACGGCGCGGUGUAGACGUUAACGACCCGGAAUGGGAAGAAGCUGAAAGAAAGCUUGACCGAGAAUGGUACAACAUGGGUGAAGGUGAAAACGACGAAUCUGACCCGUUCGGCAACACCAGCGCAGAAUAUAUAGCGCGCAAAGAAGAACAAAUAGAGAAGCGUCGCAACCGCAAAGUUUCUGCUCAGAGGCAGCAGAUCGACAAGGACAACGAGUUGUGGGAACGGAACAGGAUGCUUACUAGCGGUGUUGUACAUGCCAUUAGUGUUAACAAUGACUUGGAUGAGGAGAGCGUUGACCGCGUACAUCUGUUGGUGCAUAACAUCGUGCCACCAUUCCUCGACGGUAGAAUCGUGUUCACGAAGCAGCCCGAACCAGUAAUUCCUGUAAAAGAUCCUACCUCGGACAUGGCAAUUAACGCCCGCAAGGGAUCCGCUCUGGUGAAGGCUUUUAGGGAACAAAAAGAGAGACGCAAAGCCCAGAAGAAGCAUUGGAAACUCGAAGGAACCAAACUAGGUAACAUCAUGGGAAUACAGAAAGAGAAAGAAGAAUUAGACGACGGACCAACAAAGGAAGCCUAUAAAUACGCCGAACAUUUGGACAAAGAGCAACAAGAGCCCGAGUCAAAAUCAGAUUUCGUAAAGAAGAAAUCAAUAAGCGAGCAACGCAGGUACCUACCAGUGUUUGCAGUCAGAGAGGAGCUCAUGCAAGUUAUAAGGGAAAACAGCGUUGUUAUUAUUGUUGGUGAGACGGGCAGCGGUAAGACUACUCAGCUGACACAGUACCUGCACGAGGAGGGUUAUAGUCGCACGGGCAUGAUCGGCUGCACACAGCCCAGGCGCGUCGCCGCCAUGUCCGUCGCCAAGCGCGUCUCCGACGAGAUGAACACCAAGCUAGGUGACGAAGUAGGCUACGCGAUCCGCUUCGAAGACUGUACAUCCUCGAACACAGUGAUAAAGUACAUGACCGACGGCAUAUUGCUGCGCGAAGGCCUACGUGAACCCGACUUAGACCACUACUGUGCGAUCAUUAUGGACGAGGCUCACGAGCGGUCGCUUUCUACGGACAUGCUGUUCGGGCUGCUCAGAGAGGUAGUAGCACGUCGCUCAGACCUGAAGUUAAUCGUGACGUCAGCGACAAUGGACUCGACCAAGUUCUCCACCUUCUUCGGCAACGUACCCACCUUCACCAUCCCAGGAAGGACGUUCCCAGUUGAAACAUUCUUCUCUAAGAACGUAUGUGAGGAUUACGUUGAUGGAGCUGUUAAACAGGUGUUAACAGAAAGGCUGGGUGAGCUGGAUAGCGCUCCACCCCUGACAGUGCUACCGAUUUACUCUCAACUGCCUGCCGACUUGCAGGCCAAGAUUUUCCAAAGGGCACCGCCUGGACAGAGAAAAUGUAUCGUCGCUACUAAUAUUGCAGAAACAUCUCUAACGGUGGACGGCAUAAUGUACGUCAUAGAUUGCGGGUACUGCAAGCUGAAGGUGUACAAUCCGAGGAUCGGCAUGGAUGCUCUGCAGAUCUAUCCCGUCAGUCAAGCCAAUGCCCGCCAACGCGCAGGUCGAGCGGGCCGAACUGGACCAGGCAAAGCGUUCUGCCUUUACACACAACGGCAGUAUCAACACGAACUACUGUCAGCCACUGUACCCGAGAUACAGAGGACCAAUCUUGCUAACACCGUGUUACUCCUGAAAUCGCUUGGUGUGGAAGAUUUGUUGGCUUUCCAUUUUAUGGAUCCGCCUCCUCAGGACACAAUCCUAAACUCAAUGUACCAGUUGUGGAUCUUAGGCGCUCUCGACGGCACGGGGGCCUUGACGCCACUGGGUCGACAAAUGGCCGAGUUCCCUUUGGACCCACCACAAUGUCACAUGCUCAUCGUGUCAGCUGAAAUGGGGUGUAGCGCUGAAGUACUUAUUAUUGUGUCAAUGCUCUCGGUUCCUUCUGUAUUCUACCGUCCGCAAGGGCGCGAAGAAGAGGCGGACUCCGUCAAGGAGAAGUUCCAAGUGCCCGAAUCGGAUCACCUCACGUUGUUGCAUUUGUACAACCAGUGGAAGGCGAACAACUACUCAAGCUCCUGGUGCACCGAACAUUUUGUGCACGGAAAGGCGAUGCGCAAAGUACGCGAAGUGCGACAACAGCUGAAGGAUAUCCUCCAGCAACAACGACUGCCGUUGGUGUCCUGCGGGACUGACUGGGACACCGUCAGAAAAUGUAUCUGCUCGGCGUACUUCCAGCAGGCGGCGCGGCUGAAGGGCAUCGGCGAGUACGUGAACAGCCGCACCGGCAUGCCGUGCCACCUGCACCCCACGUCGGCGCUGUUCGGGCUGGGCACGUCGCCCGACUACGUGGUGUACCACGAGCUCAUGAUGACCACCAAGGAGUACAUGCACUGCGUCACGGCCGUGGACGGCCGCUGGCUGGCCGAGCUGGGGCCCAUGUUCUUCUCGGUCAAGGAGACGGGCAAAACCAACCGCGACAAACGCAAAGAAGCAGCAGUUCACCUGCAAAGAAUGGAAGAAGAGAUGAAGCAAGCAGAGCAGAAGAUGGCCGAAGACAAAAAGAAGAAAGACCAAGACGUGCCCAUCAAACAGGAGAUCGCUACCCCCGGCUUAAGUACGCCCAGACGAACACCGCAUAGGCUUGGCUUGUAAAUAGAUUUACCAGCCAGAGGACGUGUACCGCUGCACAUAAACCUCUCCCCAACAGAAUACAGCCACAAUCAGAAUUGCAAUUAUUCGUAUGGUCAUAUUAACAGAAAACAUUCACAUAUAAGGUAGUAAAUUUGUAGCAGGAUGUUUCUGUCUAUGUCCUUGGCACCCACGAUAAAGGGUUUCCCUAGUGCGGGAUUAUGUGUGUGUGCGUUAUUUAUCCCAUACAAAACACACGUAUCCCAUAAAAGACACGUAUUCCAUAUAAAACACACGUGCCUCAUAUAAAAUACACGUAUCCAAUACAAAACACGUAUCCUACUUAAAACACAUGUAUUUCAUGCAAGACAUCCGUAUCCCACACAAGAACACGUAUGCCACACAAGUGCGCACGAACCCUAAGCCAACCACCACACCUACCGAAACUUUGGCACUACCAUUUCUUCCAAACAAAUAUUUGUUUAUUUUUUUAAACUAAU